AUGUUUGUCCACAUUGGCGUGGCACUCAAUGCCGGCAUAUGGCUGAUCAACGUAGCUCAGAAUAUCCUCGAAGACUUCUACAUUCUCCUUCUUCCCAUCUCCACGGUCUGGAACCUACAAAUGUCAGCACGCCGCAAAAUCGCCGUGCUGAGUGUCAUCGCUUUCGGCAGUAGUUCGGUCAUUAUCGCAUGUUUCCGCUUGAUUCCUCUCUUCGAACUGAACUCCUCGCCAGACACAUCCUGGGUACUCGGCAAGAUGGUGAUCGUCGCUGCCCUUGAAAUCCAAUUCGCUGUAAUUGCUGUCAACUUGCCAUCGUUGAAAGCGUUGUGGAUGCGGUACACUGGUGGCAGCACAUCAGGAUCUGGAGAAGGUAACUCCAGGCAGAAGGCGUACAGACUGUCCUCCUUGGAGCGAAAAGGAGGAAACAACUCUGGCACUCGAUGGGGAACAGGAGGAAGGAGCAAGGGCUCACGUGGAAGCAUAACGAUGAUUGAGCGAGGCAUUACCAGCACGGAGUCUGAGGAAGAACUGUUUCGGCAAGGUGGAACUUCGUUGCAAUUGCCAAUCCAGGGCAAGGAAGAUGAGACUGGACGUAUCAAAGUCACGAGGGAAGUGGAUGUGAAGACUUCUGAGGACCAGAAGAGCUCUACCCCACCUCAGUACUUCCUCCGAGGCGACUGA